ACUUUUUGUAAUUUGUAAUUUUGACACAAGCUCUACCCAGGUUUAACCAAUAAUUGUGAUCCUCUCUCUCCAUCUCUAUUCUCUAGAUAGACACCCCCAAAUCUCUCCACCGAUUAGCAGGUCUUUGGGGGCUUGAAAAACUUGUCAAUGGCAGUUUUUUGAACUUGUAUGAGUUGAGAGGGAUAAAGGAGGGUGGUGGAGAUUUGAUAGAAAACAAAUGUACCGGCAUAUGGCGGCAGAUCAGACUCAUGGUGGACAACCUACUGAUAGCGGAGAUGUGGUGGUGACUCUUGAUCAAAUUCCUAGAUGGAGUGAUGGGGAUUUUAGAUAUUCUUAUGAAAUUGAAGAUCCCAAUUUUCCAAAUUCAAACUUCCCUGAUCCCUUGGCUUCUUCUUCUGGGGCAGAAAGUAGUGGAAAGGUCUCAAGGUUUCCAGUUGACCAUGAAGUUAACUCAAAAAUCUAUCUUUGGAGAGGAAAUCCAUGGAAUCUUGAAGUAGAUGCUGUUGUCAAUUCCACAAAUGAGAAUUUGGAUGAAUCACAAUGCAGCCCUGGUUUGCAUGCUGCAGCUGGGCCUGGUCUAGCUGAAGAAUGUGCAACAUUGGGUGGCUGUAGAACAGGGAUGGCGAAAGUUACUAAUGCUUAUGAUCUUCCUGCAAGGAGGGUUAUACAUACAGUUGGGCCUAAGUAUGCUGUAAAAUAUCAUACUGCAGCAGAAAAUGCUUUGAGUCACUGCUAUCGUGCUUGUUUAGAACUCCUCAUUGAAAAUGGACUUCAAAGCAUUGCUAUGGGGUGUAUAUACACAGAAGCCAAAAAUUAUCCACGGGAACCAGCAGCCCAUGUGGCAAUAAGAACUGUUCGCCGAUUACUUGAGAAACAAAAGGAUAAAAUUACAGGUGUUGUCUUUUGUUUAACAACAACAAAUGAUACUGAAAUAUAUAAAAGACUACUUCCACUCUACUUUCCCCGUGACAAAAAGGAAGAAGAGAUUGCAAUUUCAAAGCUUCCUGCUGAUGUUGGAGAUGAAAAUGGUGAAACAGUAAUAGAUGAAAGAAAAAUCAGAAUAAAACCAUUACCAAAUCUCAAGAAAAGUAGUAGCCCUAAACCUCAACGAGCCUCACUAGAUGUUCCUGUUAGUGAUCUUGUAAUGGCUAGAAGGAACUCUUCGCAUUUGGAAGCAUAUUUAGAUCCUGCUUUUAUGUCUAUAAUUAAAGAUCCUGAUCAAAGGCGUAAGGAACAAUGGGAAAGAACUGCUCGAGCACAAAACGGAUUUAAUUUUGCUAAAAUGUUAGGGUUUGGUGAUCUUGGAGGCCCAAAACUUUCUGCUGCUGAAGAAUAUUCGCUUCAUUCUAGAUAUCUUGCUAAAGCUAAUUCUCUUAAUCUUUCCGAAAUAGCAGAAAUGAAGAUUCUAUACAGGGGAGGGGUAGAUAGUGAAGGUAGACCAGUAAUGGUUGUAGUUGGAGCACAUUUUCUCCUCCGUUGUCUUGAUCUUGAAAGAUUUGUUCUUUAUGUAGUAAAGGAGUUUGAACCCUUGAUACAAAAACCUUAUAGCAUUGUUUACUUCCACUCUGCUGCAUCUCUACAAGUGCAGCCAGAUUUGGGAUUUAUGAGGAAAUUGCAGCAAAUACUUGGUAGGAAAAGCCAGCGCAAUCUUCAUGCAAUAUACAUCCUCCACCCGACCUUUGGACUCAAGGCUGCCAUACUUGCAUUGCAACUAUUAGUCGAUGGCAUGGUGUGGAAAAAGGCUGUAUAUGUUGAUCGACUUCUUCAGCUUUUCAGAUAUGUUCCUCGUGAACAGCUAACAAUUCCUGACUUUGUCUUCCAGCAUGAUUUGGAAGUGAAUGGAGGAAAAGGGCUUAUUGUGGAUCCAAGAACAAAAUAUAAGCACAAAUCAAACCCCAACAAAUUAGGGUUCAAGAAAUCAAAUCCUGCGGUAUUCGCUAUUCACGUUGAUUUCCGAAUUUUCUUGUUCAUAUACAUAACAGUAGAAAAGAAAGCAUAUCUGUCUAAAACAAAGGAAAAGUCAACAUCAUCUGUGUUCAAUUCAUACAAAAGAAUGUCAGUAACCACCAUUACAGCAUCCACAAACAGUAGUGUGUGUGGAUCUACCAAUGCUUCAAGGAGGCACUUGAGACUGAAAAGAAGCCACAUAAUCUUUGGGACUGUAAAAAGAUUCCUUUCACACCAAUGUGUACAAAAUUACCCUUUCACAAGCCCUUCAGAUAUAUCUGGACAAAGAAAUACAAGGGUUGAAGCAGGUUGGUUUUUUAAAGGUGGAGGUGAACAGGGUUCAGAUGCGAGUUUAGAGCAUAGUGAUAGUGCCAAUGAGGAUAUACUCAUAUUCUUUUACCAGUUGGAUUUGGCAACUAGAGUACAGUAUGCAUUGAAUUUGGAGGAGUAUGAUAUUGCAAAACAGUUGAGAAACAAACUCAAUGAGGUUGAAGCUGAAGUGAUAAAGCAACAAGAAACAAAGAGGGGAUUAUCCAUAAAAAGUGAAGCUCAAGACAAGGGAUUAAGCUUGUUACGCAUCCGAGCAGACCUGCAGAAAGCAAUUCAGAAUGAAAAUUAUUCAUUGGCAGCUGAAUUACGUGAUCAAAUUUCCAAACUUGAGGCUGAUUCAUUGGCUGCAUCAAUAAAAGCACAAGCUUUUCAAAAUGCUCAAUUUGAAUUUCGUUUAGGCCAGAAAGUCAGACACAAAAAAUUUGGAUACAGAGGUGUGGUUUGUGGAAUGGAUCCAGUGUGCUGUGAAACAAAAUCAUGGAUGGAAACUGCAAAUGUUGACCAGUUGACUCGUGGUCCUGAUCAGCCAUAUUAUCAGAUUUUGGUUGAUGUACAUGAAGACCCCAAUCUAUUGGUAGCAUAUGUUCCAGAGGAAAAUUUACUGGCUCCAGAAGAACCAGAUAAGGCUAGGUUUGAUCAUCCGUACGCAUCCUUUUUAUUUUAUGGUAUGGAUUCGGCUGGAGAUUUUAUUCCAGUGAAGCAACUGCGUGAGAAGUACAAUAGACCACGACACGAGGUGCCAUAUGAUCCAAAGGAUGAGAGGGCCGGAGGUGAUGCUUGAACGGAUGUAAUCCAAGCAGUUGAUGUGAUCUUGUAGUGGUUGCUGCAAAAACCUCAUGGCUUGUAGUCGUAUAGAUAGAAUGUAUAUAUUUUUGUACUUGGAUUAAGGAUGGUUUCUUUUCUUGUUGUUCUUGAAGAAUAGCAAGUUGAAUGCUGGAUUUUUCAAAUUCAAUUUGUGAAUUUGGCAAGAUAGAGAAAAGAUACAAGUUCAACCUUCAAUAUCAAGAAUCCAUCCAGGACCACGAG